GUUACCAUAACAACUUCAUCAAGGCGCCAACUAGCAUAAAAAGAGAAGUAGCGAACAGUGAUCGGAGCAAUUUGGCUUUCCUGGGAAAGAUCUGGUGAAGUUUUGCUCACAUUUACAGCAGUUCAGUAUGAUGUCUUUCAGUCACAGAUAUGGUACGACACACAGCCAGCAGCAGAGGAUGCUGGCCAAGUCACGGCGGGAGGAUGAACGACGAGAGGACCAGAUGAAAGACAUUAUGAAGGAGCGGCAGAUACGCGCCAGCCUACUGACUGAAGAAAAUGUGCAGAGGAAGCGGUACCUGCGCCAGGUGCAGGACGACCAGCGUGAGAGGCAGAUCGAGGAGGCGCUUCUAAAGGGAGAACAUGAAAGGAUUAUGAGGAAGAAGCAGCUCGAGCAAGAGGAGAGGAUGGCGAAAGAAGUGGCUCGCAUAAAAUUUGAAAAGCUCAGAGAUGAAAAGUUGAGACAGCAAAUCAGGAAAAACAGCAUUGAGCUUCGCGAGUUGGAAGCCAAAAUCAGACUGGCUUAUGUGAACAGAGAGAGAGCAGCUCAGAUUGCGGAAAAGGAGGCUAUGAGAUAUGAGACUAUAAGGGAGGAGGCACAGAUGGCACGAAAGCUGAAGAGGCAGCAAGAGGAAGCUCUGCUGGAGGAGCAGAAAGAGGAGCAAAAACGUUAUGAGGAGGUGGCACGAUACCAGCAGGAGCUGGAGCAGCAGCUGGAAGAGAAUGAACUCAAGAGGCAGGAAGCCUACAAGGAGUUCCUUAAGGAGAAACUCAUGGUUGAUGAGAUUGUCCGGAAGAUCUAUGAGGAGGACCAGAUGGAACAGCAGCUGAGGCUGGACAAGAUUAUGGCCACUCAGAGGUACAUAGAAGAAUUCAAGCAGCAGCAGGCUGAGUGGAAGCGGAUGGAGAGGGAGAAGAUGGAGGCUGAAAACAAACGUAUCUUGGAGUAUGCAAAAUACCAGCAGUGUAGGGAAGAACACAGGAUGGCGAAGGUCAAGGAACAAGAAGAUGCCAAGGAGAAAAUCCAGAAAAUGUUGACUGAAAGGAUUGAAAUGGAAAAGCAACAGCGUGAAGAAAUGGAACGUGUUCGUGAGGAACUCUACAUGGAGGAGCAAGAAGAGAUGGAAAGACAGAAACAAAUUGAGGGGAUGGAGAGGAGGAUCCGACAACGCCUGGAACUGCAGCAGGCUCAUCAAGAACAGAUGGCCAUCAAGGAGAUGCGCAAGCAGGCUGAGCAAGAAGAGGAGGAAAACUUCAAGCAGAUGAUGAUGGCCAAAUUCGCAGAGGAUGAUCGCAUUGAGCAAAUGAACGCCCAAAGACGUCGAAUGAAACAGCUAGAGCAUCGGAGGGCCGUGGAGAAACUUUUACAAGACAGGUGCCAACAGCUCCUAGCUGACAAGGAGCGCGAGUCUGAGGAGAGAGCAACAGAGCAAGAGAGGCAAGCAGCACGUUUGCGAAUCAUUGAGGAGGAAAGACAGAAGCUUCUCAAGCACCACGCAACUAAACUUCUUGGUUACCUCCCGAAGGGCAUUUUCAGAGAUGAUGACCUCAAUCAUUUUGAUGAAGAAUUCAAAAGAAAUUUCCAGAAGCGAGAAGCAGAUGUUUCACAGGAAGACGGGGGAUCAGACUGAAGUGUGCUUCCAUAUUUCAACACUAGAUUCUAUUGGAAAUAAAAUUUAUUUAGCUGACUUUUCUCCACAGCUACUCACAAUGUUAAGCUACCAGCAAUUAUUUGCCCCUAUAGACUGGGUAAUUUCUGCUGGACCACUUGGCUCAGUACUUUGCUCAACGGUACUACAGCAGCAGGCAGGAUGAACAUGGGUCUUUUCAUUUAAAGACAACUGUUGUAAUCAUCAUACCACCUGCUUCCUUCAUUUCCAAUAACCAUAGAUUCAUUCCAUGAAUUGUGGAUAGAAAGUUCACUGUAACAGUCUAUGAAAAGGACCCUUUUGACUCUACAGUAGGAUUUUUAGCCUAGUAGCUCGAACCCUUUCCUCGCAAUCAAAUGAGCUGAGCUGAAUGUUACUUCUGCUGCAUUACCCUUAAGCAAUGGACUUAGCCUGCAUUGUUCUAGCAACAACUACCCAGCUGUUUAAAUGGGCACAUCUGUAUGUAGCUUGGUAUACAUUGUCAGUGACGGAGAAAACAGCAGCUUGAAUGAGCAGAGCAAUAAAGUAGAUAAUGUACAAUGAUUGUCACAAGUGUGGAGAAAAUAAGCUGCUGGAUCAUUUUGUUGUUUGCAACUUUAUUUUGGGAGUUUUUGUAACUUUAGGUGCAACUUUGUUUCACCAUGAUGCAUGCUUUUUGUUUGCCUUGAGUAAUCAAAUUUCUUCACUGUGCAACUGGUCAUUGUGUUGCAUGCUGAUUCAUGACUUUCACGUGAAUCAAAAGAUGGGAAAAAGCCCAAUUUUUCAUAUUUACACAGUACUCUUUAAUUUCAUAUUUAGGAACACCCUUAAUUUCUAUUAAUGUGUCUUAAUAUUGCCACUGCUUUGCUCAUCUUCCUAAAUUUAACAUUUAACACCAUUAUUCCACAUGUCAUUGUAAAGAUGUGGAAACUUUAACCAUUCAGUUCACUGUAUUGCUCUUAACUUAGCCUAUGAAAGCAGCUUUAUGGGACUCCAGCAUUUGGUUCCACCAUAGCCACGUUCUCGUGUGUAAUCGUGACUCUUCAUUCUUAGACAGCCUUGUAACUGUUUUUCUUCGUGAUUUCACAUCUUUCCUUUAAUAAACUAAAGCAGCACUAAAUGAGGAGGCUAGGUGCCUGUGGCAGAUUUCUGUCAGGGACAAGGAGGAAGCUGAAGGUGGGGGACAGUUGCAGGAAGAAAGUCCUAUCUAUGCCUGAAAAGCGGUGGCACAGUUCUGAGGCAAGAUGCUACACCCCAGGCUUUGCUCGUUGAAGCUGUAACAGAAUUGCAAAUAAAAAGCCAGUAUGGAGGCAUCAAUAAAGCUGAACAGAAGAAAUGAAGCAGCAGCAGCAGGUCCAGUUGUCAGGAGUCACCGCCAGAUGCCACUUUUCUACUUCAGUGUGCUUUGUGCAAUUGCUCUCAUUGUUUGCACAUUGAUUUCUUAGUGCCUUAUGAGCAUUUAUAUAGUUGUCUUUCUACUUACCUCACUAUCUCUCGCUCCGUGUUGCUGUUUAGUCCUCGUGUAUCAGGUCCUAGGCAUUCUCACACAAUCUUGGUUCUUUGUUACUUUCCUCCUCGGCUUUGCUUGGAAAUCUUGUGAAGGACAUUAAAAAAGUCUUGCAUUGCUAUCAGCCAGCAUCCUCUGUUCAUUCCACAUGCAUCUUCAAAGAUCUUUUUUCAAGUUAACGAUUGUUCUAGCAAAUGCUUGCCACUGAUGGACCCAGCAGGAUGUAAUCUGAAGCCAAAUUCCAUUUCCACAGCAGCAUGUUGAGUUCACCUGCACUCCUAAGA